AGUUAAGUUGCUUCUGCCUGCACUUAUAGACAGGAAUUUCCCAUACACACUAAAAUAUGUCUAUCAUGCAGUAGCACUUUCCUGUUAAGCCUUCAUUUUAAGCCAGGCCCUAUGCUAGUUCAUCCUCUAGUUGGAAAGGUAGUGGCUGCUGUAGAAGGAUAUUCUAAAGUCUAACAAGGUACCUAACUCAAUCCAUGGUCAGUCACAGCUUCCCCCAGGAACUGAAAUUCCUGCAAACACUCAAGUAUAAGUAGAAGGUAGUUGGGGUGAUGGGGUGAUAAAAGAGCUGGAGGGAACUAUAUGUUUAAAAGGCUAAAGGCUGGGAGGGGUUAAAUGUUCAAGGAUCUUACAGACAUUGCUAAUAGCUGAGCAUGGAGCUGAGGACAAUGUGCCCAGAUGAGAUUAGGAAAGCAGGCGUUGAUGAAAUGAAAGAAGCCUUGCUGUCUACUAAGUCUGUUUCAGACAGGAAUCUUUUUGGUUGAAAGUGACCACUGAUCCACUGAGAAAAAAGGGGUCCUUUAUGGGCUCCGUAGCUAAAAGUUCAGGGCUUUCAAGAUCAAAGAUGCCAUUGAGUUUUGACACCUCUCAUCUCUGCUGUCCUUUGUGUUAGCUUCAUUCUUUCUCUGUGAAAUGGUCCCCUGAUCUCCCCAGAACACAGAAGGCAACUGGAGUGGAAGGGCCAUUGAUACUGGCUGCUUAUCCAUAUGUCAGAACCUUCAAGGCUACCUUCUUUUCAGGAGGUCUAGACCUUUCUACCUUAGAUUCCCCCCAAGGAUGGCAGGAUCUUGGCCUUAUUGGAGCUUACGGGAGCAGAGAAAGGGACCGGUGAGAGUACUCUAUUCCAAAACUCCAAAGCAAUUUGCUUUUUAAAACUAGUCAGCUCCCUGUUCCCUGCCUCUUUGUUCCAGGUCCUAACACGCAUAUUCUCUGCGCAUCCUUAGCUUUCCUGAAGAGCAGAAUCAUUAGUUUGAGUAAGAAUGUAAGGGAGGACAGGAACCCCAGAAACGCCCCCAACUCACUCUGCGUCCUAAGAGAGCCCUGACCUACUUGUCUCCCUCCCACUCUUGCUCCUCCCCCGAACCCUGCUCAAACCUCUCCAAGUCCUGGCCCAACUUCGGGACAUUUGAACUCGUCCAUCGAGCAGUGGGUCGCUUUCUCCUCACGCAUACCCCACCUAGGCAGGCCCAGCCGAAGAGCAUCCCACCCAGGGACCACCUUUUUUUCCUUGGGAUCCCGCGUUUCCGCCUCCGGGGCGGAGACUCCUCCCCUCUCAGUCCCAGUUGCGUUCCCUGGAAGAGCAGCCGGGACGGUGAGAAGCCGGGUCCUCCUAGCGUUCCAGGAGCCGUUCAGCCCUGGAGGCCGCGAGACCCACCCGGAAGCAGGCGGCUGCACUGCUUCAGCACCAGGGACAGCGCUCCGACCGCAGCCCUAGUGUCAGCCAGGCAGCGCGCUAUGCUGGCGGCAUGGCCCCGCGCUCCAGCUCUAUGGCGCUGCUGCUCAGCUUCGGCCUUCUCUGGCUGUGUUCAGGGGUUGUGGGUACCGACACAGAGGAGCGGCUAGUGGAGCAUCUCCUGGACCCCUCCCGCUACAACAAGCUGAUCCGUCCAGCCACCAAUGGCUCCGAGCUGGUCACCGUGCAGCUCAUGGUGUCACUGGCCCAGCUUAUCAGUGUGCAUGAGCGGGAGCAGAUCAUGACCACCAAUGUCUGGCUGACCCAGGAGUGGGAAGAUUAUCGCCUCACCUGGAAGCCCGAGGACUUCGACAAUAUGAAGAAAGUCCGGCUCCCUUCCAAACACAUCUGGCUCCCAGAUGUGGUCCUAUACAACAACGCUGACGGCAUGUACGAGGUGUCCUUCUACUCCAAUGCGGUGGUCUCCUAUGAUGGUAGCAUCUUUUGGCUACCACCUGCCAUCUACAAGAGUGCAUGCAAGAUUGAGGUGAAGCACUUCCCCUUUGACCAGCAGAACUGCACCAUGAAGUUCCGCUCAUGGACCUAUGACCGCACGGAGAUCGACCUGGUGCUCAAAAGCGACGUGGCCAGCCUGGACGACUUCACACCCAGCGGGGAGUGGGACAUCAUCGCGCUGCCCGGCCGGCGCAACGAGAACCCAGAUGAUUCCACCUACGUGGACAUCACCUAUGACUUCAUCAUUCGGCGCAAGCCACUCUUCUACACCAUCAACCUCAUCAUCCCCUGCGUGCUCAUCACCUCGCUGGCCAUCCUGGUCUUCUACCUGCCCUCGGACUGCGGGGAGAAGAUGACACUGUGCAUCUCUGUGCUGCUAGCGCUUACGGUGUUCCUGCUGCUCAUCUCCAAGAUCGUGCCUCCCACCUCCCUUGACGUACCGCUGGUGGGAAAGUACCUCAUGUUCACCAUGGUGCUGGUCACCUUCUCCAUCGUCACCAGCGUGUGCGUGCUCAACGUGCACCACCGCUCGCCCACCACGCACACCAUGGCUCCCUGGGUCAAAGUGGUCUUCCUGGAGAAGCUGCCCACUCUGCUCUUCCUGCAGCAGCCACGCCACCGCUGUGCGCGGCAGCGCCUGCGCCUGCGGAGGCGCCAGCGGGAGCGCGAGGGGGCAGGCGCACUCUUCUUCCGUGAGGGCCCUGCCGCUGACCCAUGCACCUGCUUCGUCAACCCUGCGUCAGGGCAGGGCUUGACUGGAGCUUUCAGGGCUGAGCCCGCGCCUGCAGCUGGUCCGGGGCGCUCGGGGGGGCCUUGCAGCUGCGGCCUCCGGGAGGCAGUGGACGGCGUCCGCUUCAUCGCGGACCAUAUGCGAAGCGAGGAUGAUGACCAGAGUGUGAGGGAGGACUGGAAAUACGUUGCCAUGGUGAUCGACCGCCUGUUCCUCUGGAUCUUUGUCUUUGUCUGUGUCUUCGGCACCAUUGGCAUGUUCCUGCAGCCUCUCUUCCAGAACUACACUGCCACGACCUUCCUCCACCCUGACCACUCGGCUCCCAGCUCCAAGUGAGGCCUCGUCGGCAGCAGCUCCUCACCCUGUGGCCCCUGGGGUUCAGUAGCACUGGGUGGAAGAUGAUCUGCCCCGAUCCGCUCCACUGAAGCCCUGUUUCACACCUCCAUUCACACAUAGCCCUCCAGCCUGGAGGCUGGACCAGCUGCCUCCUGUUCAAGCCGUUCUCCUCCUCCUCCUCCUGAGCUAAUUCAGGCAGUAGCGUUAAUGGUGGGAGCCAAGGCUGGUAAGCAGAGGCCAGAGGUCUCAGAGCCAUCCACCUUGGGAAGGGUGCUGGAGAAGGGGCCAAGGCAGGGACGGUUUUCUAUGGCUUCCAAUCACGGGAGAAGAGGAGGUGGGAGGGGGGGGCUCAGAUCCUCCCGCCAGGCUGACAGGGACGCCCGAGGCAGGUGCAGAGGAGUGUGGCCAGUAGUUGGUACCCACCCACUUAAGCGGGCAGCGGCUGAUCUGGGAGGACUCACAGGUUUAGGGGCUCUUCCCGAGAGCUUCAGCUGGCCCCACAGCCUGUGCUUUGGAGGGCCCCAGGGCCCAGCUCCAGGUUCCCUCCUGCCAGGGCAGACUUCUCUGCACUCCCAGAUUUCGCUCUCCUUCUCUCAUUUGGAAAGGUAAGGUGUUAGGGGAACCUCUGAAGGUCACGAGCUAGGUGAGAGUUCUAGGCUCAUAGUCUCAGAAGAGCUCCUGCAGUGCCGGAUUCCAGUGGGAGCCAUGUUACAGGUCCGGAACAGGCCUGGAAGGUGAGCGAGCCCCUUCCUCCUUGCUCCAAGGCCACAGACUGCUUGACGGACCUAAGUGAGAGACAUAGGAACUGUGCCUCGGUGUACAUCCCACUUGUAGGAUGGACUUAGGGGCAUCUCUGCUUGGUGGCAAGAGGGACCUCCUUUUACUAGAACAAGAAAUUGCCUGUAUUAGGCCUCUCCCCUCCACCCCCAAACUUCCAGCCCCAGAGAAAGCACCCCAACAUCAUAAACAGCACCCAGAGUCCUAAGUAGCACCUGGAAAGGUGUUGGCCCUCUGGGGGGCAGCACAGUGCAGGCAUUCCAGCCUCUUCAAGCCCCCGCCAGCUGCUGCUCUGACCACCCUUGACUUUCUACCUCCUGUAACUGGCUGUUGUCCCAAUCAGUCACCAGCCAAGGCUGGAAAGGUCAAUGAGCAGUUUGUCGGAGUCCUGGCCAUGUCCUGUUGAACAUAUCAGGCAGACAGUGCCCACCUUAGAACCUGCUCUCAGCAUUUGAACCGUGAGGACAGAAAUUGGCAGAACUGUGAUGGGUGGGGAGGACCUGUGGGUGAAGGAUCCUGGGGCAAUGCUGCCCCCCCCCCAUUUUGGGUGCAGCUUUUUGAGGAAGACUACAGUGAGGGAGGGAUGGUAGGAGGCUAUUAUGUGCCAGGGCAGUGUGAACCCUAAAGGAUACUGGGAGGCUUUGGGGAAACUUGACCCCUGUCACUUCGGGUCUUCCGUCUCUGCCCUUGGUGAAGUUGGGAGGCUCCUUGCCUCCUCCAUGGAGCUGACUCUGGAGGUCCCUGGGACAGGGUGGCAUGGGAGUGGCCGUGAAGAAAGGAGUUGGGGAUUCCCAUCAGUGACCAAGCUCCAGCAAGCUGGCAUCCACCUUUGCCUGGAAGAUGGCCCACAGGCUCCCUGCUGCUGUGGAGACCUACAAGUCUGGAGCAGCUGGUGCCAAGAAGUGCGGAAGGCCGAAAGCAAACAGGACACAGAACCCUCUAGAAGGCUUUUUUUUGGGGGGGGGGACUUCCCUUUUUUUGAAGGGAAGGACUUCCUUGUAAGGAACAAGGACAAUGGGGGACUGGCCACUGUGCCUAUCCUCUGGGACUCUGCCUCUGACAGUCCUGAGGGACGCAAGCUCCUGAGAGACCAGGAGCAGCAGCAGAGCAUGUCUUCAGAGGGCCUGGUAGCUGCUCCCUGCCUGUCACCGUGGCCUUUGAUGACCAUGACCUCCUAGGGAGGAAAAGCAAAGGCCUUUGGAGUCUUCUCCGAAUUGUUCUCCAAGCAGAGGGUCAUAAUUCUCGUCACCCUCUGCUCCCAGGCAGAAGUGGCUGUGGAGCCCCACUUACACUGGCCAGCUUCCCACUCACCAAACCCAACUGGACAGAACAAGCACCACUUUGUAAUAAUUAUCCCAUCAUGUCUGAGAAGUCUGUCAGUGUGCUGGUCACGUGCUUCCUAAAGGACUACAACUUUGGGAACGGGAGGACACCUCAUCUUCAUGCCAUCCUUGGCACGCCCGUCUCCACUCCUGGAAUAUUUGCAAUGGUCCACAUCCCUCUCCCUAAACUUACCCCCCACCCCCACCCCCUGUAGCUGGACUCAUUCCUCUUAAAAUUGUUUCCAAAUA